AUGUGGUAUAAAGGCAGAACUGGGACUUCAGUGUUUGAGGGAAACAGCUACACCAUCAGGUCACCAUCAGAUCAGGAUGAGUUCUGGUGUAGAGGAAAGAGAGAUGGACGACCCUCAUCCUCACAGGACAGUAAUCAUGUGACUCUCUCUGUUAAAGCUUUACCCAGAGCUACAGUGAGAGUAACUGCAGAUGGUCCUUUGUUCACUGGAGAUACAGUCACUCUGAAGUGUGAGAUAGAGAAUCAGCACAGAUCAUUAAACUGGAGAUAUAGGUGGUAUAAAGGCACAACAAAAGUCUCUAGGCUUCAGCAUUACACUAUCACUGGAGUUACUGAAUCUGAUCAGGAAGAGAUCAGCUGUAGUGCAGACAUACACGGACGAACACAAACUUUACUAUCAAGCUCUUCUGUUUAUCUAAAUGUGAAGGCUUUACCCAGAGUUAGAGUGAGAGUAACACCAGACAGACCUGUGUUCACUGGAGAGACAGUCACUCUGAAGUGUGAGAUAGAGGAUCAGUACAGAUCAUUAAACUGGAGAUAUCUGUGGUAUAAAAGCAGAACUGUAGUGUUAAACUCUGGGCGUUACACUGUAAACAGAGACUCUCUCACUAUCAGAGGAGUUACUGAAUCUGAUCAGGAUGAGUUCAGCUGUAGUGCAGAGAUACACGGACGACUAAAGACUUCAAACUUUGCUGUUCAUCUCACUGUGAAUGCUUUACCCAGAGCUACAGUGAGAGUAACACCAGACAGAUCUGUGUUUACUGGAGAGAAAGUCACUCUGAAGUGUGAGAUAGAGGAUCAGUACAGUGACUGGAGAUAUAAGUGGUAUAAAGGUAGAACUGAAACUUCAGUGUCUGAGGGAAACAUCUACACCAUCAGAUCACCAUCAGAUCAGGAUGAGUUCUGGUGUAGAGGAGAAAGAGUUGGACGACCCUCAUCCUCACAGUACAGUGAUCAUGUGACUCUCUCUGUUAAAGCUAUACCCAGAGCUACAGUGAGAGUAACACCAAAAAGUCCUGUGAUCAUUGGAGAGACAGUCACUCUGAAGUGUGAGAUAGAGGGUCAGUACAGUAACUGGACAUAUAAGUGGUAUAAAGACACAACUGGAACUUCAGUGUUUGAGGGAAACAUCUACACCAUCAUCUCACCAUCAGAUCAGGAUAAGUUCAGGUGUAGAGGAGAGAGAGAUGGACGACCCUCAUCCUCACAGUACAGUGAUCAUGUGACUCUCUCUGUUAAAGCUAUACCCAGAGCUACAGUGAGAGUAACACCAAAAAGUCCUGUGAUCAUUGGAGAGACAGUCACUCUGAAGUGUGAGAUAGAGGAUCAGUACAGUAACUGGAGAUAUCUGUGGAGUAAAAACACAACUGAAGUGUUAAACUUUGAGAAUUACACUGUAAACAGAGACUCUCUCACUAUCACUGGCGUUACUCAAUCUGAUCAGGAUGAGUUCAGGUGUAGAGCAGAGAUACAUGGACGGCCAAAAACUUCACUAUCAAGCUCAUCUGUUCAUCUCACUGUUAAAGAAAGACCAACACCUCAAGUGUUUGUUUGGCCUGAUGAUCAUGUAUUCAGAGGAGAAACUGCCAAUCUCAGAUGUGUCAUCAAUAGAGGAGUCGUCAGCAGCUGGCAGUACAGCUGGAAUAAAGAUUCAUCACUUUAUCACAUCAGUGACCUUCAGAAUUACACAAUCAGAUCUGUUACUGAGUCUGACGCAGGUAAAUACACCUGUAAAGGAAAUGAGACCAAUGGAUCACAAUACUCAGACAUUAGUGAUGCAGUUACACUGACAGUAUCAGCUUUACCCAAAAUUACAGUGAGAGUAACACCAGACAGAUCUGUGUUCACUGGAGAGACAGUCACUCUGACGUGUGAGAUAGAGGAUCAGUACAGAUCAUUAAACUGGAGAUAUCUGUGGUAUAAAGGCACAGCUGAAGUGUUAAACUAUAAGCAUUACACUGUAAACAGAGACUCUCUCACUAUCAAUGGAGUUACUGGAUCUGAUCAGGAUGAGUUUAGCUGUAGUGCAGACAUACACGGACGACCACAAACUUCACUAUCAAGCUCUGCUGUUUAUCUCAAUGUGUAUGCUUUACCCAGAGCUACAGUGAAUGUAACAUCAGACAGAUCUGUGUUUACUGGAGAGACAGUCACUCUGAAGUGUGAGAUAGAGGAUAAGUACAGUGACUGGAGAUAUAUGUGGUAUAAAGGCAGACCUGGGACUUCAGUGUUUGAGGGAAACAUCUACACCAUCAGCUCACCAUCAGAUCAGGAUGAGUUCAGGUGUAGAGGAGAGAGAGAUGGACGACCCUCAUCAUCACAGUACAGUGAUCAUGUGACUCUCUCUGUUAAAGCUUUACCCAGAGCUACAGUGAGAGUAAUACCAGACAGAUCUGUGUUCACUGGAGAGACAGUCACUCUGACGUGUGAGAUAGAGGAUCAGUACAGUAACUGGACAUAUCAGUGGUUUAAAGACACAACUGGAACUUCAGUGUUUGAGGGAAACAUCUACACCAUCAUCUCACCAUCAGAUCAGGAUAAGUUCAGGUGUAGAGGAGAGAGAGAUGGACGACCCUCAUCCUCACAGUACAGUGAUCAUGUGACUCUCUCUGUUAAAGCUAUACCCAGAGCUACAGUGAGAGUAACACCAAAAAGUCCUGUGAUCAUUGGAGAGACAGUCACUCUGAAGUGUGAGAUAGAGGAUCAGUACAGUAACUGGACAUAUAAGUGGUAUAAAGACACAACUGGAACUUCAGUGUUUGAGGGAAACAUCUACACCAUCAUCUCACCAUCAGAUCAGGAUAAGUUCAGGUGUAGAGGAGAGAGAGAUGGACGACCCUCAUCCUCACAGUACAGUAAUCAUGUGACUCUCUCUGUUAAAGCUUUACCCAGAGCUACAGUGAGUGUAACACCAUACAGUCCUGUGAUCAUUGGAGAGACAGUCACUCUGAAGUGUGAGAUAGAGGAUCGGUACAGAUCAUUAAACUGGAGAUAUCUGUGGUAUAAAAACACAACUUCAGUGUUAAACUUUGAGAAUUACACUGUAAAAGGAGACUCUAUCACUAUCAUUGGAGUUACUGAAUCUGAUCAGGAUAAGUUCAGGUGCAGUGCAGUGAUACACGGACGACCAAAGACUUCACUAUCAAGCUCUGCUGUUCAUCUCACUGUUAAAGAAAGACCAACACCUCAAGUGUCUGUUUGGCCUGGUGAAGAUGUAUACAGAGGAACAACUGUCAAUCUCACAUGUGUCAUCAAUAUAGGAGGAGUCAGCAGCUGGCAGUACAGCUGGUAUAAAGAUUCAAUCAUCCAGCAGAAUAAACUCCAGCGUUACACAAUCAGAUAUGUUACUGAGUCUGACACUGGAAACUACAGCUGUAGGGGACAUGAUAUCAAUGGAUUACGAUACUCACACAUCAGUGAUGCAGUUACACUGACAGUAUCAGAGAAUCUUAAACCUGUAGUGAGUGUUGAUCCUGACAAACAGCUGUUCAGAGGAGAAACUGUUACUCUGAGAUGUGACAUACAGGAUACAGAAGACACUGAGUGGACAUACAGCUGGACAAAUAACAGAAAUAUAAUCACACAAUGCAAAACACAAGGCUGUAAAAUCAACAACAUUCAACACACUGACGGUCGUUAUAAAAUCACAUGUACAGGAGAGAUACGUGGACAAAAGACUGAGAUGAGUGAUGCUGUUACACUGACUGUAUCAUCAGAUAAACCAAAGACAGUUUUAAGUGUUUCUCCACAGCAUUGGUUGACUGAAGGAGAUUCAGUGACUCUGAUGUGUGAGGUUAGAAGUUCAUCUACAGGAUGGACAUUCAGCUGGUUCACUCUAAAGAGUUCCUACUCAGGUUAUGAGCUUAUGUCAGACAGCAGUGGAGGAUCUAAAGGCAUCUACACAGUGAGUUCAGUGACUGUGAAGCACACAGGAGUUUAUAUGUGCAGAGCAGAGAGAGGAGAUCCAGUCUAUCACACAGAGUACAGUAACACACAAACACUGUGGAUCACUGAGGUCUCAGGUGUUUCUCCUUCAGUCUCUCUGAUCAUCAGACCCAACAGAUCUCAACACUUCUCAUCUGAAUCUCUCUCUCUGAGCUGUGAGGAUCACAGUAACUCUACUGGAUGGACAGUGAGAAGAUACACAGACAAACUGGAAUCUUGUCCAUCAUCAGACACUAGAUCUACAGGAACAACUUCUACAUGUACAAUCAGAUAUCUCGACACAUCUGAUACUGGAGUGUACUGGUGUCAGUCUGAAUCUGGAGAGAAACUUCAUCCUGUUAAUAUCUCAGUACACUAUGGUAAUGCAAUUCUGGACAGUCCUGUUCAUCCUGUGACUGUAGGAGAUAAUCUGAGUCUACGCUGUUUAUAUCGAAAUAAAAACCCCUCUACCCAGAGAGCUGAAUUUUAUAAAGAUGGAUCAGUGGUGCAGACUACAGGAGACAUGAUGAUCAUCCCUACAGUCUCAAAGUCACAUGAGGGUUUCUACUACUGUAAACAACCAUGGAGAAUAGAGUCUCCAAAGAGCUGGAUCUCAGUCAGAGAUAAACCAACUCUGACUGUGCAGCCACAGACGUCUGUGUUCAUUGGAGACACAGUUACUCUGACCUGUGAGAUGUCUCAGUCCACUGGAUGGGAGUUUAUCCUUAUCACACCAUCAAACACUAAAUCCACUGAAACUACAGGAACUAAAACAAUAUAUUUGCAAGUCUCUGAUGGAGGAGAGUACAAGUGCAGAGCCAGAAGAGAAAAUCCUCAGGUUUACACACAAGACAGUGAACCAGUAACAGUGACAGUACAGGAAAGACCAAUACCUGAAGUGUCUGUUUGGCCUGAUGAUCAUGUAUACAGAGGAGAAACUGUCAAUCUCAUGUGUGUCAUCAAUGGAGGAGGAGUCAGCAGCUGGCAGUACAGCUGGUAUAAAGAUUCAUCACUUUACAACAUCAGUGACCUUCAGAAUUACACAAUCAGAUCUGUUACUGAGUCUGACACAGGUAACUACACUUGUAGAGGAAAUGAGACCAGAGGAUCACGAUACUCACACAUCAGUGAUUCAGUUGCACUGACAGUAUCUGGUGAGUCUAUUUAUCUCUUUUCAUCAUCAUCCACAAUAUACUGUCUUAUUUAA